GGAGAGAGGCAGCGAGCCGCGCGCUCCGCCCCCUCCCCCCGGGCCGCCGCCGCCGCCGCCUCGCCGCCCCAGCCUGGCGGGAGAAGGAGGAGGAGCAGCAGGCCUCCGGGCCCGGCGCCGCCGCCCGCAGGACAUUUCUGAUUUAUUUGCAUCCUUGAAGAGCAUCUGUAGAAGAGGAAGUAAAAGAUGGGUGUGAAAACAUUUACUCAUAGCUCCUCUUCCCACAGCCAGGAAAUGCUUGGAAAGCUAAAUAUGCUGCGAAAUGAUGGACAUUUUUGUGAUAUCACUAUUCGUGUCCAGGACAAAAUCUUCCGGGCACAUAAGGUGGUACUAGCAGCUUGCAGUGAUUUCUUUCGCACCAAACUUGUAGGCCAAGCCGAGGAUGAGAACAAGAAUGUGUUGGAUCUGCAUCAUGUUACAGUGACUGGCUUUAUACCUCUUUUAGAAUAUGCUUACACAGCCACUCUAUCAAUUAACACAGAAAAUAUUAUUGAUGUUCUAGCAGCAGCCAGCUAUAUGCAAAUGUUCAGUGUUGCCAGCACCUGCUCAGAGUUCAUGAAAUCAAGCAUUUUAUGGAAUACACCCAACAGCCAACCUGAAAAGGGUCUAGAUGCUGGACAAGAAAAUAAUUCUAACUGCAAUUUUACUUCUCGAGAUGGGAGCAUUUCUCCCGUGUCCUCAGAGUGCAGUGUGGUAGAAAGAACGAUUCCUGUCUGCCGAGAAUCCCGAAGAAAGCGCAAAAGCUACAUUGUUAUGUCUCCUGAAAGUCCUGUAAAGUGUGGCACACAAACAAGCUCACCCCAGGUAUUGAAUUCUUCAGCUUCCUACUCAGAAAAUAGAAACCAACCAGUUGACUCUUCCUUAGCUUUUCCUUGGACUUUUCCUUUUGGAAUUGAUCGAAGGAUUCAGCCUGAGAAAGUUAAGCAAGCAGAAAAUACCCGGACUUUAGAAUUACCUGGCCCAUCUGAGACCGGUAGAAGAAUGGCUGAUUAUGUGACUUGUGAGAGCACAAAAACUACCUUGCCUUUAGGUACCGAAGAAGAUGUCCGGGUCAAAGUAGAAAGAUUAAGUGAUGAGGAGGUCCACGAGGAAGUGUCCCAGCCUGUCAGUGCAUCUCAGAGUUCACUGAGUGAUCAGCAGACAGUUCCAGGAAGUGAACAAGUCCAAGAGGACCUUCUGAUUAGUCCACAGUCUUCCUCUAUAGGCUCAGUAGAUGAAGGCGUUUCUGAGGGGUUGCCUACACUUCAAAGCACGUCUAGCACUAAUGCUCCUCCGGAUGAUGAUGAUCGAUUGGAAAAUGUUCAGUAUCCCUACCAACUCUACAUUGCUCCUUCCACCAGCAGUACAGAGCGACCAAGUCCAAAUGGUCCCGACAGACCUUUUCAGUGUCCAACCUGCGGGGUGCGAUUCACCCGUAUUCAGAACCUAAAGCAGCACAUGCUCAUCCACUCAGGAAUUAAACCAUUUCAGUGUGACCGCUGUGGGAAAAAGUUCACCAGGGCUUACUCGCUAAAGAUGCAUCGCCUAAAGCAUGAAGGUAAACGCUGUUUCCGGUGCCAGAUAUGUAGUGCCACUUUCACUUCCUUCGGGGAAUAUAAACACCACAUGAGGGUUUCCCGGCACAUUAUCCGCAAGCCUCGGAUUUACGAGUGCAAAACAUGUGGCGCCAUGUUCACCAACUCUGGAAAUUUAAUCGUGCACCUGAGGAGUCUGAACCAUGAAGCAUCAGAGCUAGCAAACUACUUCCAGAGCAGUGAUUUCCUAGUACCGGACUACUUAAACCAGGAACAAGAAGAGACCCUUGUUCAAUAUGAUCUUGGAGAACACGGUUUUGAAAGCAACUCCUCUGUUCAAAUGCCUGUCAUUUCACAGUACCACUCCAAAGGCAAGGAACCACGAUUGACAACAGUCAAGCUGUGGAUGAAAUGACCAGGAACGGAGAAUGAAUUCCAAGAGGUUGUUUUUGAAAGAGCAAGAGGAAAGAAAAAAGAAAAGAAGGAAAGAAGAAUAAAGAAGAGAAACGUGUAAGAAUGGUUUGCAGAUUGAUUGGUUAAAAGUGUUUUUAGCACAUCCCCAACCCUGAAAACUUCGCAUUCAGAGCCAAGCACAAUGUUGGUAGCUCUAAGAUAUUCUGACUGUGUUCUCAGAAUGAGGGAUUACCCAUCACUGGGUAUUCCUUCCCAAGUAGAAACUUUAGAUUUUCACUGGUAAUACACAUUGCCAAGUUUUAUGGGAAAUCUGAAUAUACUGUGAAAAUGCAUAUCUGGUUAGUUGUCUGCUGCCCAGAUCUUAUCAAUACCAGUAACUAACCAGUAUUUAACAUAAAAUGAUACAAAUAAAGGCCUUUUUCUAUUUCAGUGAGGGUACAUUUUUCUUGAUAUAUGUACUUUAAGGAUAUUGGAUCUGUUUAUGGAUCUGUUUUAGGAAACAGAUUUGCAAGGGAUAAUUGUAUAUAUAGUAGUAUUUAGAUUUAUUUCAGAUUCAUCUUAGGGAUGCCUAGAUGCAUAAUUUUUACCAGGACAUAUUGAAAAUAUUGCAAAGAGAUAGCCAGUUAUAUUAUCCCAUUCAUUAGAAAUUACCAGUGUAACUAAACAUAAAUAUUCCAGUUUAGAGUGCUUAAACGUAGCUAUCUUUCUUAAGGCCAGGAGGGUAACUUUGUGGUAUCUAAAGGGCUUAAAUUUCAGAAUGCAGAAUAAAUUGCCUUUUUAAAACCAAGCAUUUUGUACAAGCUUUUAUUUUCAGUUUUUUAACUACCAAAUAGGUGUGAUGUACUUUAGAAGUAAACAAAGAUGUUCACCCAUGAUAAUGGAUGUUAAAGCUCCUGCAGUUGUUCUUUUCAUGUUUAAAGGGUAUAUUCUAAUAGUGGAAGCAUCAAGCAUGUCAGUGAUUUCAUCUUAUUUAGAAAUAAAGAGAUUAAUAUUGGUCUUUAUUUUUUGGCAUUUUAAGUUUUAUAUAAAUGGAUGCAGAUGGAGAUUAUCACCCACAAAUAUAUUUAAAUGGAUUUUUCUUAAUUUGAAUUUCAAGUAAUCUUUUUAUUUCAAGUAAUUAGUUACGCAUUUAGUUACAUUGCCAGUUUUUUAAAUCAAUUUCAGUAAGACAAAAUAUACUAAAAUGUUUAAAUAGCCUCAUUCAAUCUUACAUUUUGACAUUUCAGCAAUCAUUCUGGCUUACAGUAAUUAGAUCCCCUGUUAUGACACAUGCCCUUUGGUCUUAAUAACUAGCCAAAAAAAAAAAACUUUCAUCUUGUUAAAAUACUUUGCCAAAUGAAAUAGACUAGUCAACACAUCUGAUGUCCAUAAUUAUUGGUAACUCAGUUACCUUCUAACUAAUAGGCUGGUUCAGGAGACUCUCCCAGUUUAUAAAUGGUUCUCUUGGGAGCCUUUGGAAGCUGUAUUAAAUCUUUCAGUCUUUUAUUUCUAAUUUUUUCUCUUAAUCUAAAUAGAGGACAGUUAUCUAUUUUAUCAGCUUUUAUUCUUGAAGAUUCUCAGAUUAUGUUUUAGUCCCUUUUAGCUUUAAUAGUCCUUGAAAAAUACAUUACUGUAUAAUGUAGUGGCAAUUCUGUAACAGAGAAUUAUUCUUAUUACUUGAAUGAAUAAUCCUAAAAUUUUAAUAUUUUAGCUGAAAGAAGUUUGAGAUUUGUGGAAUGAACAAAAGAAUUAGAAACUUUCAUAUGUUACUUUGUUUCACUCAUCUGCAAAGUAUGAAGCUGUAAUUCUGAAAUACACAUCCAAGUGAAUGAGAAUUAAAAAUUUUCUAAAAAUACUAACUGGGAAAAAAAAACUAGUGUGAAGUUUACAGUUAGAAGAAACAGACCCAAAGUUGCCAAAAGGUAAUAAAUAAAUGUAGUUUUCACUGUAAGUUAUUGACGUAAGAUGCUUUAUUUGUAAUAUAUUUAGAUUUUGAAAGUUAUUGAGAGAUGAAUGUAUAAAAGCUAAAUUUUCUUUUCUGAAGCAGUGAAACAAAAUUGGGGUAACAAGGAAGCUCUGUUGUGGCAAACAUGUCUAUGAGGAAUAUUAAAACUAAGCAUACUCCCACAGGCUUUAAACUCAAAUCAUGAACAUUUAAAUUAAGUUGUUCCUUAUUUUGCCUAUACCCAUUUUUAUCUUUCAUUGUCGUUUUUGCUUGACAGUAUGGUGACAGAGUAUUUUUAUUUGGAAAGUCCUCAACAAGAUGAAUUAGCCAAAAGCAAUAAUGGUUCAGAUUAAACAAUAAAGUGGAAUUGAUUCAAUCCCAGGCUCAACUAAGAACAGUCGCUCUCUGGAUGUUUCAUUUUAGACGAUAGAUAAGUUGAGAUGUUGUAAUAUUUAUGGGGGGUUAAGCCUGUGUCAGUUAUGGGAUGAAGACUUGUAGUACCAGUACCAUCAGUAGUCAUACUUUUUUUUAACUUUUUACUAAACUAAUACAGUUAGACAUUUCCACUCUAUCGUGAUUAUAUUUUUAUGAUGGGAAAAUAAAAACACUUCCAUGUUUUUAUAAAUAGUCUCUGCAAAGAUUUCAGAUGUUAUUGGUAUCUCGGUUUGGCAGUAUCCGAAAAAUUGAGAUUGUCUUUAAAAUGUUUGUGUUACUUUUACUUAAGUAAACCCCCACUGUGUAAGACCCAGGCCGGUUUCAACUAAUACCAAGGUUUCUGUGUGCAUAAUAGUUUACAAAGAACUUAAGAGUAAGGACUGCGGAUUAAAAACAAAACUUUUUUAACUUUAAAAUUUUUACUUUUUGUUCAAAGUACCUGGUUUAUAAAGUCAAAUUCUUUUAUUAUUUCCUUUCUCGUUUAAAUUGACUGAUGUUGCUGAUGAAGCUUAAAGUCCCAGGCACAGUUGUGGUGAUAUACUGAUAAAAUUGGUGCCUAGUGGUGGGAGGAGCCCCAGUGUCAGGACUUUUAUUAAAAUGCCUUUGUUUUCCCAAAUGCCAAUCUAGCCACAUUUAGAUUUCAUUAUUCAAUAAAACAGAUGAAAAAUCAUCCCAUAAAUGAAUGUUGAGGUUACCAAAGUACAUCACCUGCUGAGGAAGGAUAAAUCUUCCUGCUUUAAGGGAGCCCCGUCAUCUCUCCUCUUAAUGCACGUUUCCCUUGGUAUUAGUGGAAGCUGUGUUCAAGAUGGGAAGCCUUUCCUGCAGUUCUUAGAAACACCUGCUUUCUAAGGAGAGCCUUUUCUAGGAUUAGCUUAUGUGUGUUUUCUCUAGGAGAUUUUUUAUUUCAGUUACCAAUUUAAUUUUCAAGUUGACAGAUGCUGUGUAAAGUCUCUCAUAAUGAGAGUAGUCCAUUAAAUUGUUGAAAGUUGCACUGCUUUUCAUCUUUCAGGUACCUGAAAUGAAUGACAUCAGGUAUUUGGAAGGAGUAAGAUCAUAAACUGUAUUCAUUUUCUUCCUUGUACAAAGUGAUGACUUCUACUGCUUAUAUCUCAAGGUAUUUUUUAAAAAAGCAACGGUCCCUAAUAGAGUAAAAUUUGGUUUUGGUCCAAGUUCCCAAUAAUGUAUUUAAUGUUUCUGUUGUUUACUGGUGCCUCCCGUUGCAUCAGGUAGAGAUUGCCUGCCUCUUUGUAGGGCAGCCUUGUGGCACCUUAUGUCCAACUUGGAGGAUAGUAUAUGGCUUCUUUGUGCCUCUACUAUCUUUUCAAAAGCCAUUUUAUAAAAAUCCUAGGUAGCCUAUUUUAAUAUUUAAAUAUAUAUAUUUGUGAAAGAACUUUUAGAACAGACUUUUUCUUUUUACUUUAAAAUUCCUGUAUUUCCAUUUUUAAGAGUAAAUUUAAUCUCCAGGAUUUAGAAGUGUCUUUCCAGAGAAGCAUAAUGAGAAAGUCAGAUUGAGGUAAUAGACCAGAAUUAAGUGAUAGAAGAAACUGUUGUUUGGUUAAAGGACACAGAUUUGAAGGAAAAAAAUUUUGAUGCAACAAUUUUUUAAAUAAAAUUUUGUUUUUCUGUAAUGUCAUAUUUGCUGCUACAGUAGCUCAAUAUUUUACAGGGCUAACAUAAAGCUGGCUCCAUUUAAAAACUGGAGUACUUCCUAGUGCAGCCAGCCUAGGUGGAAACUGUACACCAUGGUCUUCCAGAUGGGUGACUGAUGGCUUUGGGUAGCUGAUGCAUGCUUUAAUAUUUGCCUAUAGCCCGGCAGCAAGGAAGUCGGGGCGGGGGGACUUUUUUACCCUGCCAGUUAUAGCAUUGUGAUUCUUUCUGGGCACUGGCAUUUUGUGAAACUCUCAAGGGAAGGUGAUGCAGGGGAGAAAAUGUGAAUUAAAUUACAUAGAUGGGUGUUUUUAUGUCUUCUACCCCUUUCCUAGAAUUAGUACAACUCUUAACUGUGCCAGUCCCCAGUUCACCAGCUUUGUAUCCAGUCGUCAUCUCAUUCAAGUAUGGCUUUACUUGGUGACACUGGCCAUAGCUAAGUUACUUGGCAUGUUUGACUUUUGACAAUAACAAAAAUGGUUUUGGAUUUUAUUUCCAAAAAAUGUAUACAAUAUCAGAACUUCACAUUUUAUAUACUAGUAUCUGGCUAUUAGUAUUUUACAGGAACCAUAGUUCUUGGUGACUACAUAUAUAUAUAUAUAUAUUUUUGUGACCUUUUUUGUAAACUAAGUGCCGUUUCAACGUUACAAUCAUUUUUAGAGUUAUUGUAAUCAAUGUGAAUAUCAUGUUUUUUCAAAUCUGUUCUGAGCCUAUAGUGUUUGCUUUGUGAACAUAAGUGUAUUGUAUAUAUUCUGUAUAGUUAUAUUGUACUGAAAUUAGCUUGUUUGAUAUAAGGAAAAUAUGUAUUGAGUACCUUUUUGCUAGCCUGAUUGUUUAAUCUUUUUAAAAAAGGUUUAAACUUUUUUUAAAAAAAAAAAUCUUUAAACUGGCCUUUAUUACAUGGUCACACAUAAAGUUGCAGUUAGGAAAGGGAUGGGCAGGGAAAAACUAGUUUUGAGUGUCUUUAGAUAGAAACAUGAGACUAAGGUUUGAUUUUGUUUCCGUUUUCUCAUUAAAAUAUCUUAUGCUUUAUGGAAUAAAA